UUGGAAGGCAGGGAAGGUCCCAGAGAGGCAGUGCUCCAUUUCUAUGGGACCGAGGGCGGCGGCGGGCGUGCGGCCGGGGCUGGAGGAGGCCUGCGAUGCCCCUGGGCGAGUACGCCUUCCUCAGGGCCGCCGGGAAGGGCAGCUACGGCGAAGUCAGCCUCGUCAGGCACCGCAGGGACCACAAGCAGUAUGUUAUCAAAAAGCUGAAUCUUAAACAUGCAUCAAGGCGUGAGAGAAAAGCAGCAGAACAAGAGGCCCAGUUGCUGUCUCAGCUGAAGCAUCCUAAUAUAGUCACUUACAGAGAGUCCUGGGAAGGUGAAGAUGGUUUCCUGUACAUUGUCAUGGGCUUCUGUGAAGGAGGAGACCUGUAUCACAAGCUGAAAGAACAGAAGGGACAACUUUUGCCAGAAAGUCAAGUGGUGGAGUGGUUUGUUCAGAUUGCUAUGGCAUUGCAGUAUUUGCAUGAAAAGCAUAUUCUGCACAGAGAUCUCAAAACUCAGAAUGUUUUCCUGACACGUUCAAAUAUAAUCAAAGUGGGAGAUCUGGGAAUAGCUAGAGUACUGGAGAAUCAGUAUGAUAUGGCUAGUACUCUGAUUGGCACUCCAUACUAUAUGAGCCCUGAGUUGUUCUCUAACAAGCCUUACAAUUACAAGUCUGAUGUUUGGGCUUUGGGCUGCUGUGCCUAUGAAUUGGUCACAUUGAAGCACGCUUUUAAUGCUAAAGACAUGAAUUCCUUAGUUUAUCGAAUUAUUGAAGGGAAGCUUCCCCCAAUGCCAAAAGAUUACAGCAUUCAGUUGAAAGAGCUCAUAAGAACAAUGCUUAGUAAAAAGCCAGAGGAGAGACCCAGUGUGAGAAGCAUACUGAGGCAACCAUACAUCAAGCACCAGAUUUCUCUGUUUUUGGAAGCUACAAAGGCGAAAACAUCAAAGAAUCAUAAGAAAAUAUCUCAACAGAAUCCUCAGGCUUCUGCAGUGAAAGAUGAAUUGCAAAUUGGAAAUAAAAUAGCCGAGAAUCUUCCCAUUGAUCCUUCCAGAAAAGCUAAAGAGAAUGAAGAGAAACAUGUAAUCAAUAAUAAAACCUUUGAAGUUUCUUCUUCAGAAAAACUGGCUCCUGAACCUGAAAAAAGUGGAAGCAAAAAUGGUUUGAACAAUACAGAUGUAUCUAUAGCAACCAUGAGCAAAGUGGACAUAAUUAUAAUUCCAGUGGAAAAAAAGAACUGUAAAAGCGAACAUUCAAUGGAGGAGAAAGAAUCCAGCCAUUCAAACCCUUCCGCUAAAACAGAGUGUGAAACUGCAAUAACUGAUCCACACUCAAAGGAAGAACAGUUGCAGAAGGACAGAAAGCCGUGUCUUACAUUGGAAAAUGUAGGCAACAAGGAAACGGUGGAUGUUGUCACAGAUGAGGAAGAUGACACUGUGAAACUUCUGCAGCCUGUUUCCAAAGCCCAAAACACAAAUGAUGGAGAUGAAAGAUCCUGUGAAAAUCCAGACAAAGCUCAAGAUAUAAUUCAGAAGGAAAGCACUCCUUGUUUUCAACCUCAAGGAUCAGUUCAUGAACCUUCCCUGUCUCGGCAGGAAUGGCAGAAAAAAAGAGAGCAGUUCGAGGCCUGUUCAGAUAAUAAUCCUCGAAGACUGCCUUCUCCUCCUAAGGUGAAUUCAAAGAAAAGAGAAAACAAUGCAGACAAGCAGAAUGCUUCAGUUGCAAGACCUAUAAACAGAUCAAAAAGCAUUGAUGGAGCAGUUGCUACUAAGGAUCGUCCAUUAUCCGCACGGGAGAGGAGAAGGCUAAAGCAAUCCCAAGAAGACAAACUUCCUUCAGGUCUUCCUAUCAGACGAGCAUCUCACAGUAUAUCAAUAGAAACAAAAUCUUCACAGGAAGAUUGUCAUGAUCAUAUGGCUCAAAUUCCGUUAGAAUCCAAGAAAAAGACCUUAUCUAAAUGCUCUACUGAAGAUGAACUAAGCUCUUCUACCAGCUCUACAGAGAGGUCUGAUGGAGAUUGUAAAGAAGGAAAAACAAAUGAGAUGAAUGACUUAGUACAACUGAUGACGCAAACACUGAAAAUGGAUAAUAAAGAGAAUGGUUCACAAUCUGCAAUACCAGAAUCACAAUUUAGGGUUAAUAGAAAGUACCGGGACACCUUGAUUUUACAUGGUAAAGCUUCAGAAGAACCAGAUGAUUUUCCAUUUCAGGAACUUCCUUCAGAUGUUCUGUCUGGACCUGAAAAGAUUAGGAGACUGGUUGAAAUUCUGAGAGCAGAUGUAGUUCAAGGACUUGGAGUGACUUUGCUAGAGAAGGUGUUUGAUGUCCUGGUGGAAGAUGAUGAACGUAAGAGAGAGCUAAAACUGCGGGAGAUCAUGGGAGACAAGUACCCUUCUUACAGCAUGAAGGCCCGUCAUUUAAAGUUCUUGGAAGAAAAUGUGAAGCUUUAAGAUAUACCUCAUUAGAGUCACUCCUUGAAGGAAAGAACUAAACGUUGUUCCUUUAUUUGUAGCUGACUUGACUGUUUAUAGACAUUGAUCCCUGGGGUAGUUCUUGCUGUACAGUUUUUUUUAAAAAAAAUAAUGUAGAUGUUAUUUUGUUUAUAAAUGACAAUGUAUACGUUAAAAUUAUAUUUGGGUUUUUAAAUACAAGUUAUAGAUAGCC